UCAGAAGAAGAAGAAGCAUUAUUUCUCAUACUGCAUGAAAGAAAAACGCACCAGAAUGGAUAAUCACGAGGACUCAGCUGCAUGCAGUCGCAAGAAAACCCAUAAGACUGAUCAACAAGAGGAUACACAAAGGUUGUCUUCGAAAACCCAUCAGCGAGAAAAGUACGAGGAAACAGCAUUGCCAGCAGACGAGGUCUUACCAGCUGUUGCCGCCUCAGAGGCCGUGCCGGAGGACGGCGGACGUGAGAGGCUGAAGAAACAUAGGGUUGAGGUGGCGGGUCGGGUUUGGAUUCCGGAUAUAUGGGGCCAGGAAGAUCUGUUGAAAGAUUGGAUAGACUGCUCUGCGUUUGAUGCUUCGUUAGUCCCCACCGGAAUCAUGUCGGCACGUGAAGCUUUGGCUGAAGAGGGAAGAAGAGCAAACUCUAGCGGAUUAAGAAUAGAAAACAGUGAGGAUGAGGAGCGGCAAGUGAACGUAUAGAAUAAUUUAAGGCAGAGUCAGAAAGCAGAGGCAGGAUAUUGAAUAUUAUAUUUAUAUAUAUAAACUUUUGAACUUUUAUUUUUUGGGUUUGAUGAAUAUUAUCAUAUGGGGAUUUUGAGAAGUAGCAGUGGUGCAAUGGAUCCGCCCAUCGGGAGAGUAGGUAUGAGGCGGCGGUGGUGGGGUGGUGAGGGUCCAAGCUAUUGAAAAGUAAUUGGUGAAAGUUGUGGAUGUGAUUAGAAAUUUAGAACAACCAGGAUGAGCAACGUCUUUAUCA